UUUUGGGCUGGCAUCAGCAGGCCAUUUGCACUGGCCGCCGUGCGGCCAGGGGCAGCAUAAAUCGCGGCCGCAGCAACGCAGCCACGAGCGAGCAGCUCCACAGGGCGGUGGACACGCCGACCGCUGCGCCUGCUGCCCUCCAUAGAUAGUACCUGUUGCAACCGGCGGCCGUCGCAGCGAUGCGGUGCGCCCUCCUCGUGGCGGCGCUCGCGACCACAGCAGCUCGACUGACCAAACCGCUGCCUCCGGCCGUCCAUGUGAGGGGCGGCGGCAUUUUUGGGCGAGUCGCGCGAGACGCGAUCGAGGCGAGUAGCAUCCAGGAGCGGACCGACGCCGUCGCCACGCCCUUAGCCGCCACGAGGACCGCUGUGGGUGCUAUGUUACUCUUCAGACCCCCAGGAGCGACGGCCAUGUUUGGGCCGAGGGGCGUCGCCGCGUUCCAGAUUUUCUACGUCUCCCACUUCUACCUGCGGUUGGCCGUGAAGGCCGUGGUCAAGGUGGACUUCUUUGAGCGGGCCAAGACGCCCCAGACGCUCUGGGCGAAGCGGGCGACGUCGGCGUCCAUCGGCGCGGCGUGUGCCGCGGCAGUUAUGAAAGUCCCAGAACCGUCCAAGUUAGCGCCCGGAUUGGCCUGGGGCGUCUUAGUUGCUCGUAGCGCAACCUCCAUCUUCGACCAUGCCACGGCGGAACUCAUUGAGCGGUUGCGCAUCGGCCAGGCGACGCGGGAGAUCUUGAGUCCAGAACACCGCUUCCCCGGCGAGGAGGAGCUCCACGAUUUGUUGAGCUUGGAUCCGCACCACCACCACCGCAAGUCCGUGAAAGAUGCGGCCGAAAGUGCGCGGCAAGCGGUCGCGAAGACGAUAACUAAGGAAUCGAUAGCUGCGGAACGCGCGAAGGAGGCCCACGGUUUGUCUUUAAAAAUCCAAGUCGCCCGCACGCUGAUAGCCGUUGCGUUCACGGUCGGUGGUCUCCGGACCAUCCAAACGGGCGUCUGGCCUCUGCCGCCGGUCUGGGCGGCGCGCGCGCCUCCUCCCAGUGUUUUGGCUCUGUACGCGCCGGCCGUCGUCGGUGCCUUUGAGCUCACGGCGGGCAUCGGGGAUUUGUGCUACAUCCACAAGUACCAGAUUGAUAGAUUAGCUCUUAGAGGCGUGGCCUUCGUGGGGCGACACUCCGACUUGAUACUGGGCCCCGCCGUCAAUCUUGUUUCAGGGUUACAGUCGGCAGCAUCGGACGCGGCGAAGACGGCGCACAAGAUCUUUCCAAGAAGGCCGAAGAAGAAGAAGUCUAGGCGUUCUGACGGACCCUCAACCCUAGCGAAGACGACGAAAAUCAUCCUGACGCCCAUCUUAUAUGUGAAACGCGCUCUAGGACUGGGAGCAAGGUACUAUAGUAGAGGAGUCAAGUUCUCGAAGGAGCGCGUCAAGCGCUUCGUGAAAGACACGCAUCACGACCUGUGGCCGUGGGUCGUUGGGCGCGCCGGGUACCUCGUGCAAUGCGGGGAAUUGACGCUGAUCGGGGUGCCGAAAUACCUGCUGAACAUGGCGUCCGCGCCCGUGCUCUAUGUGACGGUGCUCGCGGCGAAGGGCGCGCAGGCGCUGCUCGCGCCGAUCUCGAGGCACCCCUGGAUCGAGAAGUUCCUGAAGCUCGUGAUCCGCUAGUCUGGAGGCGGUGGGGUAAGAGAAAUUCGUAGUA